UGAAGCUAUCUGCAUGGCUCCACCAUUUCGGUACUGCCGCUGCUAAUCCUCCUCCUCCACCUCCUCUCGCUCCACCCGAUCCCCUGUUACAUUUACUGGCCCAUGUGUAGGUGGGCUGACCCUAGUAUCAUAUACUUACGGAGUACGUCCUGUGGAUUUUCUUCGACAAAUCCUUGACCUGACAACUUUGCCUGUUUGUUUCGUUACUUCAAAUUCUCCAUUGCCUCCAUUCCUCAAAAGACGUCCUUGUUCUUGUCAGCUUUGGGCUAUAAUCACAUCUAAACAAGACAAAUCCUGGUGUUGCAGAUCAUAAGAGUGCUCUUUGAUCAUGGCCACAACUACCCAACUCAGUCCGACUGAUGUCGACAGCUUUGACUACGUUAUUGUCGGAGGAGGCACAGCGGGCUGUGUCAUUGCCUCUCGUCUCGCAGAGUAUCUUCCCAACAAGAAGACCCUCUUGAUUGAGGCUGGACCCAGUGAUUUCAUGGAUGAUCGAGUCCUCGACCUCAAACAGUGGCUCAAUCUCCUCGGAGGAGAACUUGACUACGACUAUGGCACCACCGAACAGCCCAAUGGAAAUUCCCAUAUCCGCCACUCCCGCGCCAAAGUCCUGGGCGGAUGUUCCAGCCACAAUACAUUGAUUUCAUUCCGUCCAUUCGAGUACGAUUGCAAGAUUUGGGAAUCACUCGGUGCUGAAGGCUGGACAUUCCCAACCAUGAUGAGGGUUCUCAACAAGUUGCGCAACACCGUCCAACCCGUUCAUGCGCGACACCGCAAUCAGCUGUGCAAGGACUGGGUUGAAUCUUGUAGUACAGCCAUGGAUAUUCCCGUCAUUCACGACUUCAAUCAAGAGAUCUCCACAAAAGGAGCCCUGCGACCCGGUGUCGGUUUCUUUUCCGUCAGCUACAAUCCGGAUGAUGGACGGCGGUCCAGCGCCUCGGUCGCCUACAUUCACCCGAUUCUGCGGGGCGACGAGAAGCGACCCAACCUGACCAUCUUGACCAAUGCUUGGGUGUCCAAGAUCAAUGUCAAGGGCGGCGACACCGUCACGGGAGUCACCCUCAAGCUGCAAUCAGGCGAGACCCGAACCUUGACCGCCAAGACUGAGACCAUUCUUUGCGCCGGCGCUGUUGACACUCCCCGACUGAUGCUGCUAUCCGGGCUGGGUCCCAAGCAACAAUUGACUUCUCUGUCAAUCCCCGUGGUCAAAGACAUUCCUGGUGUUGGCGAAAACCUGCUUGACCACCCCGAGACCAUCAUCAUCUUUGAGCUGAACAAGCCAGUCCCCCCGAAUCAAACGACCAUGGACUCUGAUGCAGGCAUCUUCCUACGACGUCAACCGCCAAAUGCUGCGGCCAAAACCCCAUCCCCAAUCUUCAACCCGAAGGCUCUACCAGACGGCGACAUUGCCGAUGUCAUGAUGCACUGCUACCAGAUCCCCUUCACUCUCAACACGACCCGACUCGGCUACGAUAGCCCGAUUGACGCAUUCUGCAUGACGCCGAAUAUCCCACGACCGCGAUCACGUGGACGUCUGUACCUGACCUCGGCAGAUCCGAGCGUCAAACCAGCGCUGGACUUCCAGUACUUCACCGAUCCAGAGGGUUAUGACGCUGCGACGUUUGUGUUUGGACUGCGGGCGGCCCGCAAGAUCGCACAACAGGCGCCGUUCAAGGACUGGAUCAAGCGUGAGGUCGCACCGGGACCCAAAGUCAACACCGACGAGGAACUGUCCGAGUACGCCCGACGUGUCGCCCACACCGUCUAUCACCCGGCUGGAACGACCAAGAUGGGCGAUGUCGACUCGGACAAGUUGGCAGUUGUUGAUGCCAAACUCAAGGUCAAGGGACUCAAGGGUGUCCGCAUUGCUGACGCCGGCGUUUUCCCAGCCAUGACCACCAUCAACCCCAUGUUGACUGUUCUUGCCGUGGGCGAGCGUGCUGCUGAAUUGAUUGCCUAUGACGCUGGUUGGCAAGGACCUGCUGACGAGGUCAGAUCUCGUCUGUAGAUGAGUCUUUGUUUGGAAUGGGAGAAAUGAAAAGUUGUGUGUGUGUCCGACCAAAACGUAGGCUGUGGGAUCUACAGGACAUGCGAAGGAGUGGUGGAAGGAAUCAACACUUAAAGGAGGCUACUCCACAAAAUACCCAUAUAUAGCCACAGUGACAUGUUUUUGGAUGUUGAAUAUGUAUGCACCUGUUGGAAAAGCUGGAUCUGAAUAAUGAAAUAUUCAUUCGCUGCUUUGGUGGAGUCAUUGUGGACGAGGCCAUGAAUGGCUGGACAUAUUGGUACUAUAUUGAUACCUCGUGCAUCGAUCGCGAUUUGAAUAUAUGAUACUUGGAUCCAUCCCA